CAUGAUGUAUUUACAUUAUAUUCAUACCUCUUUCAGCUUCAGUGUUGUUGUCUCUCUCCAACGUUGAACGUCGAGUAUAGUGCUGUUGGAAAAGUGUUUACGUUAUACACUGGAAAUUUGCUGCGCAGCAAUUCCUCGAGAUUUAUUAUUGUGAACCAUCGGCAAUGGCAGAGGACUUGAUGCAAGCGUUGGUCUUUGAUGUUGACACAAAGACCAACACGUUGACCCAGAAACCUGUACCCAGGGAAUUGGCACCCAAUGAAGUGUUGGUCAAGGUCUCAGCCACGGGGAUUUGUGGCACGGAUUUACACGGAAUGAAAGGAGAAUUUCCAUUGAAGAAAGGUGGCGUCGUCAUGGGACAUGAAAUUAGCGGAGUGGUGAUUUCAGUUGGCACGAAAGUGAAUCACGUGAAACCCGGCGAUCGGGUUGCUAUAGAUCCCAACAGGGAUUGUGGAAUUUGCUGCUAUUGCACACGAGGCAAGAGCAAUUUCUGCGAAAUAUUGGGCAUCAAGGAAAACACCGGCCUCUUUUUGGACGGCGGAUUUGCCGAUUAUGUUCGUGUGGAAGCAGUGCAAGUUCAUCCUUUACCGGAAACGAUCGACUUGGAGACAGGUUUCUUGGCGGAGACGAUGUCGUGCAUCGUUCACGGGCGAGACAUCCUGGGUUACCUGGAACCCGACGCAAGAAUCGGCAUUUUGGGAGCAGGCAUUAUUGGAGUCUUGUGGACUGCCCUUCUUCACCACGAAGGUCAUCGCAAUAUUUUCGUGACUGAACCAUCACCCGAACGGCGACAAGCAGCAGCAAGUCUUGGGUUCGAAGGGGUGAAGGUCAUGACUCCUAAGGAAGCAAGCGAGGACAUCACCAUAUCUGGCGAAGAAGGAGGCUUGGAUUUGGUGCUGGACUGCUGUGGGGUCGCUGCUGCUGUUCAACCGGCGCUCAAGUGGAUACGACGAGGCGGAACUCUCAUGGUUUUCGCCUGCGCCGCUCCAAAGGAGAAUAUUUCAUUGAACCUGUUUGACGUCUACUACAAGGAACUGAAAGUCAUCGGAUCACAUAUCAACCCACGAACAAUCAGCAAGAGUCUGGGGCUGAUGGCAGCGAUGAAAGACAAGUUCGUUCUUUUAGCUUACUCCAUGCCAGAGUAUCUCGGAUUUGACAAGAUCGGCAUCAAGGCUUACAAGUUGGAGGACUAUGAGAAGUGCUUCAGCGACUUGUACUCCGAGGAACCACCGCAGGAGGCCCUGACGGCAGGAGACUCUAGUCGGGCAACUUACCCUCAGAACCGCUCAACGCAGGGAUUCCUCUUCCACGCCACCCCCACCAGCGCCACUCUCUCCUUGUGUCACCAGCAGCAUCAUCAGUGGCUUUCAAAAGAACUGUGGGAUCAGCGACAAAAAGCCAAACGAUCUCACAGUGGAAUGCUUCAGGCAUCUGAGCCCUUUGCAAGUCGACCGUCUUCAGCAAGGAGUAGUACCUUCGUCGUUCGAGUUAGUCGGGAGGAAAAACAGCCCAUUUCAGUAAAGGAGCUGAAAAGCAGAUCCAGCGUUCACGGGAUUGACAAUCCAAUCCGGUCAAACACCGAUGAUCCCGAUGGAAUGCCGGCAGUGCAAGUGUUGCCCGUUCUGUGUGGAAAGUCAUCUGAUGCAGAAGACUUGAGCACAGAUGAUGAUCUCGAUUCGCCAAUGAAGGGAGACAAAUCGUUCGUGAGCAGAAAGGGGAAUUUACCCAAAGCUUUGUCCAGCAUGGGCACCUUAAGCGAUACCAUGGUGAAAAAGAUGACGAUGGACCCUGGACCGGAUUCAGAAGACGAGGACUAUGAAUCAACGCCAGUUGUUCUUGCCUUGAGCCCAGAAGAUAGUGGUGUUUCAUCUUCAGCUGCUGGUUCUGUGCCAUCCGACACGCCAACAACGGGCAAAGCCAGAGAAGUGAAGAAGGAACGGAAAAAGGCACCCCCAAGCGCGAUUUCAAAUCGUAAACCGGACAUGACUAUUGCAGAUGCUAUUCGAGGAGCUCAGCCAUCUCCGAAGCUUAUGGAUGAAGAUCUUGAAAGUGGUGACAGAAGGUUUAGCGUGGGCGGAAAAUCAGGAUAUGAUCAGGAAGAAGAGCCUUUGAAUCUCGACGACAUGCCACCGUCUGUGGAAGAACUCGUCAUGGAGCCAGCACCAGAAAACGUUUUGGUCAAAUGCAGGAUCAUGCGGGAUCGCAAGGGAAUGGAUAGAGGCCUGUUUCCAACUUAUUUCCUGCACUUGGAACGGGAUGAUGGGAAAAAGAUGUUUCUCUUGGCUGGGCGAAAGCGGAAGAAAAGCGCGACAAGCAACUACUUGAUCUCUACCGACCCGACAGAUCUUUCCCGUGGAGGAGAUUCAUUCAUAGGAAAACUGCGCUCCAACUUACUGGGGACUCAUUUCACUCUUUACGAUCACGGGAAAUCUCCUGGAAAGUUGCACGUUCCCAACGAGAAGCUUCGCCACGAACUUGCAGCCAUUAUAUAUGAACCGAAUGUACUUGGCUUUAAAGGGCCGCGGAAAAUGACGGUCGUGAUUCCUGGGAUGACACCUGACCGGAAACGAGUUCCUAUCCGUCCACUGACAGAGAGAGAAAGUCUAGUUGAGAAAUUCAAGACGCAGAAUUUUGAGCUCAUCCUGCAAUUGCACAACAAGUCACCAUCCUGGAACGAAGAUACACAAUCCUACGUGUUGAAUUUCCGCGGACGAGUUACACAAGCAUCGGUGAAGAAUUUUCAGAUAGUUCAUGAUGCGGAUGUGGAAUACAUAAUCAUGCAGUUUGGAAGGGUGUCCGAAGAUGUUUUCACCAUGGACUUUCGCUAUCCCAUGUGCGCCCUGCAAGCUUUCGCAAUAGCAUUAAGCAGCUUUGAUGGGAAAAUUGCUUGCGAAUAGAAAGAAGAAGGAGGAAACUUGUGUUUAGUAAAUGUGUGUGUUCUCUUGGUUUUUCGUGAUUUUUAAACCGCACACUUUCCGUCCAGAAUGCAACUUUGUGCUGUGACGCAUUGAUCUCCAAUGAAUUUUUGAUGGAAAGAUUCUAGUCAAAAGCUUAAAUCCUGUAUUUGACUCACUGAAUGUUUCAAGUGGCAUUCACCUUUUUGUUGUUGUUAUUACUGGAUUCCAUCACGAUCAUUCCCCCGAAAGUGCUUGUAUUAUCCAUUUGUGUGUGCGCACGUUUAUUUCCGUUGAGUCUCGAAGUGUUCAGAUUUCUAGAAUUGUACAGCUUUUCGUUUUGUUCCAUUUACAUCAGUAGCUAAUUUUCUACGGGGGAGUCACAAAGUGGCCCGGAAGGCACAGUGUUGUGGUUUUCAUGCAAAAUUUACGUUGAGUUUGUGGUACGCAUCGUAUUGAAAUGAAUCCGUCCGGAAUUUUAGGAGCAGUACAA